ACAUGAUCUUUCAAUUUGUUGUCAGUGUCAUUUAAACCAUAUUUAUUACUUUUUUUCUUUUUACUCGAACAUAGUGCAAAAUGGCUUCCUGCCAACCUUGUAGCCAACAAGCUUCGCGGAGGCAAUCCAGAUCAAAAAUAAGUUGUCCUCCAAGUCCUCAUCCCCAAGGAGCCGCAUCUCCCAAGCAACAACAGGAUCAAUGCCCGUGUCCUGCUAGCCCUCAUCUCGAAGGAUCCAAAUCACCUAAGAUUCAACAGCCUCAAAGUCCAUGCCCUCCCCGCCCGUGCCCAUGUCCACCUCCAUGUGCUCCAUGUGUACCUCCCGACCCUCAUCUCGAAGGAUCCAAAUCACCUAAGAUUCAACAGCCUCAAAGUCCAUGCCCUCCCUGCCCGUGCCCAUGUCCACCUCCAUGUGCUCCAUGUGUACCUCCCGACCCUCCUAGUCCACCACCAGAAAGGUCAACGCAACCAUGCCCACCUCCAUGUGAGCCUUGCCCACCAGAAUGUACUCUUCCGAUUAUAGCGGAUACUUUACCUAAAUACAUGGUGAAUCCUUGUGAUCCUAAUGUUCAUCUUAGAGGAGAAGGAAAUGAUAAUCCGAAUUGUUGUAAUGUUUGCGUCCCGGUAACUGUUCCGUGUCCUCCAAAACCACCGCCCAAACCACGAAAAAAAUGCAAGUAUAUUCAGCCGCCUAGACCAAAAUCUUUUGCACCGGAAAGAACAUAUCUUCCGCCAGAGCUAAAGAUGACUGAUGACACAAUAUACAAGAAGAGUUAUAUUCCCGUCGAAGCGGACAAACCGAAGCAAAUUAUCCCUGAAAAUAACUUGUGCGUUGGAGAAGGUAAAAUGUCCGACGACACCGUAAAUAAAAUGUCUUAUAAGCCUGUUAAUGUACCACCGAGAAGUCCGAUUAGACCUUGUGAGCACAAACUGAUUGGAGAAGGUCCAAUGCAAGAUAUUACCACAAACAAACACGACUAUGUUCCAAAACCGUAUGUGAAACCAAAAGCAGUAAAACCUUUUACGAAUUUAUACACGUCAGACUGCCCUUUAAGCGACAAAACAGUAAAUCGUAUGUCCUAUAUGCCGGUUGAUUUGGAAAAGUGUAGAGUUCUACCAUUCCAUCCGACAAACGCCAUCGAAAAGCCGUGUGGUAAAUUAAGCGAUAAAACGGUAAAUAAAAUGUCAUAUCAGCCUUGGGAACCAAUGGAACCAAUCGAUAAACCUUGGGCAGAGAAGCCCAAAUAUUUGCCACCUAAAUUAAGAAUGGAGGAUAACACAGUGAAUAAAAUGAGCUACAAACCUCCCGGACAAUACGUGGAAUGUGACGAUAACGAUCCGGAUUGUGUAGAUUGUCCAGAGCCACCUUGUAAUCCAAACGAUUACAAACAAAACGAUUGUCCAGGUCCGAUGCAAUGUUGCAUGUCAUGUUGUUGUCCAAGAGCAUGCAUGUAAUAACAUUUUUACUGUAUUAAAUACAAAAUUCAUCGUAAAACUUUUUCUUAUUAAUUCAAUUAUACACCGAGUGUAAUAUAAUCAUAUUUUUCGGUUAGACCCUAUUAAAAAUUUACAAAUGA